GUUUGUUGAUGAUGAUAGGUUUUCACCAAUAUGUAUUUUUAUUUUAGAGAAUAAAUCAACUUGGUAUUAAAGUUCUCUAUCUUGACGUUAUUUAUUCUAUUCUUUAUCAAUUAUGUCUGGAAAAUUCGACCCUCCCAACACUCAUUAUGAAAACCUUCAUUUAGAUUUAUCAAAUCCUCUUCCUUUUUCUUUUUUGUUUACUUACUUUAAUAAACUGUUCCAAUGAUAGUGUGUUUCUUCAUGAUUAUCAAAUCAAUAUUUUAUGAUAUUCUUUUCUGUUAUUUCAAUUUCAAUACAGCUAACAAGAUAACAAAACUUAAAAUUUCUCUUCUGAAUCCUUUGAACCAAUAUAAAUAUAAUUGAAAAUCUUUUGUUAUUUUUCUAAUGUUAUAUUUUUAUCUUACUCAUUAACAUUAUCACUUAUCUUAUAAUACCGUCUCAUAUAUUAUCAAAAUGGCCGAGAUUGAAAAUAAAGAAAAAUCUUCUCCAACAGUCAAUAGUCUUGAUCUCGAAAAUGGUGUUCUUAAUCCUGUCAAUGCCUCAAACCAAAAGGAUAUGGUUUUAUUAACAACCAGUGAUAUUGCUCUUACAAAAAAAAUGCAUUUGAUUAACGAUGCUCUUGAAGAAAUUGGAUUCACUUGGUAUCAUUUCAAAGUUUUUUGUAUUGCUGGUUUUGGUUAUGCUGCUGAUUCUUUAUUGGGUAUGUGUCAAAGUACUGUUGCGACUUAUGUUAAUUUUCAGUUUGGACAAACCUAUCCUGUUUCAACACACGUCUUGUAUGCUUCAUUAUUGGUUGGUUGUGUGUUCUGGGGUGUCUCAGCAGAUAUCAUUGGUAGAAAAAUUGCAUUCAAUACUUCAUUAAUGCUAGCCUCCAUCUUCAGUUUCUUAGUUGGUGCAAUGAGCAGUUUCUCAACCUACUGCAUCUUUUUGGCCUUAAGUUCUUUUGCUCUAGGUGGUAACCUAGCAAUUGAUGCAACUGUUUUCCUAGAAUAUUUGCCCUUUAAAUGGCAAUUUUUAACAACAACUUUUGCUUGUUGGUGGGCUAUCGGUCAAACAAUUGGUAUGUUUGUUGCAUGGGGUAUGCUUCCCAAUAACAGCUGUUCAAGUAUCGAAUUCUGCCCAUCACACAUCAACAGAGGUUGGAGAUACGUUUGGUAUAUCAAUUCUGCAAUUGUAUUUGUUCUAGCCUGUUGCCGUUUAUUUGUUUUCAAAUUGGAUGAAUCUCCAAAAUUUUUAAUCACAAUUGGUAAAGACGAAGAAGCUGUUGCUCUUUUACAAAACAUUGCUAAAAAAUACAAUAGAACUUGCUCUCUCACUGUUGAACAAUUAAAAGAAUGCGGUGAAGUUAAUAAACAAGAUUUCUUAAAUAAACCGAGUGUUAAAGCUUUUUUAAUUGAAAGUAAACAAAACAUUAAAGAACUAUUUUCCACAAAAUUGAUGGCAAGAAAUACUAUUUUGUUAUUUUUAUCAUGGUUUUUAAUUGGUAUUUGUUAUUCUCUUUACGCAAAUUUCUUACCAGUCUAUUUAGCUACUAGGGGUGCAACCACCAGCGCAAGUACUAUUGAUGGUGUUUAUGGUGAUUCCACUAUUUCAACUUUUGUUUCCAUCUUUGGCCCUGCUUUGGCUACUCUUUUGAUUUUGACUCCAAAAGUUGGAAGAAGAGGUGCUUUAUGUGUUGGCGGUCUUUCUUCAAUGGUUUUCUUAUUCGCUUACACAUCUGUUAGAACAAGAGCUGCAAAUGUUGGGUUUGCCUGUGCUUCUUAUAUUUGUAUCUAUAUUUACUAUGGUUGUCUAUAUGGUUUCACUCCCGAAGUUUUACCAAGUACUUGCAGAGCUACUGGCUCGUCUUUAUCUUUAGUUAUGAAUAGAGCUGCUGGUAUUAUCGUCCCUGUUAUCGCCUAUUAUGGUGACACUUCAAGUGCUGUUCCAAUUUGGGUUUGUGGUGCUGCCAUUGGUGUAAUUGGUCUUGCAGCUUUAUUGUUUCCAUUUGAACCAAGUAAACAAAGAGCUGUUUAAGUAUUUUUUUAUUACACAUUUACUUUUCCACUAUUUUCACUGUUUUUUU